GGGGAACCCAUUCUGCCUGCUCUAUGCUCUAGCAGAGCCCUGCCAGCAUUAGUUACUUGCCUGCGACAGACCAAUCCAGAACGGUGCCGCCGUCUCAGGAGCAGCAAGUGAGAAAGCUCCGCCCAGCCUGGCCGAAGGAUGGAAUCCCUCCCUGAAGCCGUCCUGAUUCAGAUCCUGGCCUCCAUCCCCGCAGUGGAGCUGGUGCUGGUGUGCCGCCUGGUCUGCUGCCAGUGGAAGAACCUUGUGGAUGGAGCAGCUCUCUGGAUCCUGAAGUGCCAGCAGGAGGGCUUCACCGGGGCAGAGCCUGAAGAGGAGGCCGAGAACUGGCAAACGUUCUACUUCCUGAGGAAGAGGAAGAGGAAUUUAAUCAAGAACCCCUGCGGCGAAGAGGAUUUAGACCACUGGGGGGAAGUGGAGAACGGAGGUGACGGCUGGAAAAUUGAGGACCUGCCGGGAGACUUUGGAAAAGAAUUUCCCAGCGAUGGAGUCCACAAAUACUUCGUCACCUCCUACGAGUGGUGCCGCAAGUCUCAGGUCAUCGACCUCAGGGCUGAGGGUUACUGGGAGGAGCUGCUGGACACAACCCAGCCUAAAAUUGUGGUAAAGGACUGGUACGCGGGUCGCAGCGACGCCGGCUGCCUCUACCAGCUGCACGUGAAGCUGCUGUCGGAGCACGAGGACAUCCUGGCGGAGUACCAGAGCGACACCAUCGCCAUUCCGCAGGACAACGCCGCCGACUGGACCGAGCUCUCCCACACCUUCUCCGACUACGGCCCCGGGGCUCGCUUUGUGCGCUUUGAACACGGCGGCCAGGACACGCUCUUCUGGAAGGGAUGGUACGGGGUCCGCAUGACCAACAGCAGCGUGACGGUGGAGCCGUAGCUGGGCCAUGGCCCCUAAAGUCAGACCGGGUCCCAUUCACCGCAGCUGAUCCCUUGGGUCCUCCAUAGGCUUUGGAUAGUUUCUGCGUGGUGCUGCUUCCAGAGACGAGGCGGGAGCUCCAGGCUGAGAGUAUAUCACUAGUGUGUAUGUGCGUGUGUGUGUGUGUGAGUGAGAGAGAGAGAGAGACUGCAUGCAGCUGCCCAUCUUUACUCAUUGGGUCACGCAGAGACUGGGAGUAGCUGCUUUGGGGUCCAUUAAUGCACCAACCCUUAGAAAGCUUUUAAAAAUCUCCGUGCUCUCCUCUGCCCCACUCGCCCGAUGCCCUUUCAGCCAGCCGCAGCGUCGCUUUGGAAUGGUGCCAAGGCUGGAGUAGGGGGAAGGAGCGAGCUGGCUAUAAAUAAUUCUAGGACCUUCCCUCUACUUUUGGCUGACAUCACCUCAGACCCUAAACCUCCCUCCCCAGCAGGCGCGUUGAACAGUGGCUCUCACAGUGCCGCUUACCAGCAUCAGAUACAGUCCACUUUGAGAGGGAUUCAGGCUUCAUCUUUUAGAUGCUUCAAGAGAGCGGCAUGGUCCUAUGGUCUCAACACAGGACCUGGAAGCCCCAAGUCCCAGUUCUGCCACUGAGCCCCUCUGUGGCCUAGGGCAAGUCACUUAGCUUCUCUCCCCAUCUAUAACAACAGUUGCCUACUUCCUGGGGGACAGAGCUUGUUAAAGUUUGCUGUGCUAGGUGACUGGUUUCUUUAUUAUUAAGAAUCAUGCAAAGCAGCGGGGAGAGGAGGGUGCCUUUCGCCUUAGGCUGGGCCCAGGAAGGGAACAUGAAGAUGAAGGUGGAGAGAGACCAGGACCUGGGCCCAGGCAGAUCGGCUGGAAAUAGUCCAGAUGGGAGAGAGAAAGAGAGUGAACGGAACCAGAUCCAGCUGCCCCAAUGGACCUCUAGACUGGGCUAAAUCCUGCAAACCACAGAUCCACCUCGAAUGCACAUGCCUAUAUGCCAGAAACACUUACGUGCAUACUCCCCCUUAAUGCCCCUUGGCGUGGCUUAGGGCUAUGCCCACAACACUGAAAAGAAAGUCCUAAACUUAGCUGAGCCAAGACUAACAGCCCCCCCCACACACACACACCCACACACCACCCAGCAACCAACCCUUGUGAAAGAUCCUAGGCAACCCCUUCCCUUAAGCAGGCUGACUGGGUGGCUGUGGGGAGAGAGAGAGAGUGACUAUCUGAGUGUCCUCUUUGCCUCUGCUGUCAGGGCAGUGCACCCAAUUUAACCACUUAGCACCAAAUUGUGCCAUUACCCAAUGCAACAUGCGCGUGUUUCUUUUGCAAAAGACAAGAGCAGUGCUUAAUUUGUGACCUCUGGCCUUGGUAGCUCAGAGCCCAGAGGUGCAGGCGCAGCUCAGAGCCCCGGCACUUCCGGCCUUGCUGCGUCAGUUAUGGAAGUAAAACAAUUGCUUGAGUCCCGGCCCCUCUUGCAUUACAAACAAAGCCCUGGGCAAGCAUUUCUGAGCCACCACCGCGUGUGUCGGGCUCUUUGCGAGUCGCUGCACGUGGACACAGGGGCCCCUCUUGAAUUCUAAGCCACUGUCCAAGCCGGAGGGUCUCUCUGGCUGAAGACUACAAAUAAAAGCACUGUGUGUACAA